AUGUCAAUAGUAAUGGAAACAUUAGUAGCAAAGGUCGAUCGACUAGACAAAGAUGGUCUAGAUAUUGAAUUUACCGUAAAUCAUCAGUACAACGCGUACGGUAUUUCGGGCAGGAAACUCUUGUCUAAGUUUAAAGGGGCUAUGCAAGAAGCACUGUCACGGAAAUACCAAAUGCAAACGGAUAUGACUCGCGUCCUGACUCAUAUCUUCGAUGGGUAUCUUCGCAACACAGAGCGAGAGAUGACAUUGAUUGUAUUGACUGAUGGGAACUGGGCAGGAACAUCUGACGAAACAAGUGUCGAAAGGUCAAUUGCGGAGUUUCUCAGAAAACCAGCCCUUGCAUUGAAGCUUGAGAAACGAUGGUUUACCAUCCAAUUCGUCGCUCUAGGGCCUGGGAUUCCUGAUAUAUUGGCACGUUUGGAUGAUAACAUUGGGAAGGAGUACUCAAUUCCCGACAUUGUUGAUACUGAACAUGUAUCGGGAUCUGUAAAUAAGAUGAUCCUAGGAAGCUUUGUAGACCGAUACGACGCAGUAGAAGCUUCACCGGGACCAUCUACACCGCGAAAUGGCCGCCAGCGCCAUCACGAGACGGGACUCUACGAGGCCUUCGAGGGUGUUCUCGGGUUUCAGGAAUAUCGCCAUCAGAUGAUAUGGUAG